AAAAAAGAUUCCUUGUUCAAAAGAUUCACGCAACUUUCAUAACACAAUGUUCCCUCAUUGAACUGUGAGGAGACACCUACCGUGGCAUACGGAAAGCGAAAAGUGCUUUAUACCGAAAUAGAUCAUGUCAACAAAGUGCACUUCGUCGACAGAGAGAGAAGGUACGUCUGCUGACAAUAUCACAACGGUUCGAACGUAGUUUCAGUUAGAGUUCCUAAUGUACAUCAAACCACUUCCAAACUACCUGUCCUCUUUUUGCCGUGGCCAACAAUGUUCACGGCGUACCAUCGUACAACACUCUUUUAUAAUCUUAUUUCAUAUCAUAACCGCGCUUCAGGAUGGACGUACAAUCAAGCCAGCACAGGGCAGCAUGGACAAGGAAAACACAAGUGCAGACCCAACUCUUGACACGACCAAAACGAGCGCCUCUUCUCACUGAAAUCACUAGGGGAAUGGAACAUUGAAGGAUGGUCGGGGAUAUAAGAGGCACGAGCGUUUUGUGAAGAUUGUAAAGAAAGAUCUCAUAAAGGUAAACAUUAUUAGAGACGUCAUACAUCGUUUUGAUGGAAGACCAAGAAUUUGUUCAUUUUUGUUCAAGGGAGAUGCAAGGCAAGUUUAUCGAUAAUUAGGCUUUUUUCCUUUGUGAUCUAUAAAUUUCACAAAUUUUCUUCAAAUUCAUGACGUUCAUAAAAGUCCAUUCAGAGGUGGAAAGAAAUGUUAUUCUCGACCUCAGUUCCACUCUGUACGUAAAAUUCGAUUUCAGUUAGUCUUCAAAGAUGAAUCUCUUUCCAGCAAAACCCAAUAAAAUUAAUUCAGCAAAACUCAAUCAACAUGACAACCUACUUGAUUAACGAGAGCCCUGAUUAGAGAAGCGAUAGAUUUUUAACUGUCUGUGACGGAUAGAGUAUUACCGAGCACAAUCCAUAUUAACCGCAAAAUUUAUACUGUACAAGUUAAUCCUGGUAGUGAUUGGAAUAUAAUUUCUCCCGACAAUUUCAACAUCUUAUCAGACAACCUGGUAAUGAAAAUGACUAACAAAAUCAACUUGGUAUUAUGGUUUUGAUGUAAGACACCACAUUCUCAGCACUAACAGUUAGUUGGAAUGAAUAUUUUUAAGAUCAUAGCAAUGAAGGAAUUCAAAACAGCUAAACUGCUCGAAAAAACUAAAAACGUUCAACGUGCAUUCGGGCCGCGCUAAACGCGUUUGUUUACAAAUCCUAUUAUCACUGUCAUAGCAUUACAUGACAUCAAUUGCUUCAGCAUGACCACAAAAACUAAGGUAAGGGAUACUGUAGAUGCAAUGGGUUCAACUCAUUUCUCACUUUCUCUUUAUCUAAUCCAGAGGUGGUUUUCAAAAACUUCAAUCAAAUCGACUGCCACCCCAAAACUUGCUUCACAACCCGAAACAUGGCUGCUCUGAUUGCAUUCAUCUUUGACAGACAGAGUAUAACCUAUUGUUAAUUACGACUGAGCCAAUCACGUGUGAGUUUGAUCCAUGAAAUUGUGCGAGAUGAUGCAACCACAUAGGUUUAUCAGGAGAAAGCAAACCUAAUUUCAACACAUUUUUCCUCCAGCUCAGCUGAGGUAGGUUUAUUUCCCAUUUUGCACUAUUUCGGCGGUAUUUUUCACGAGUCUUGCAGUACUUUGAGAAAAUUCACCGCACACGUGUCGAAGAAGACUCUUCUGAUGGCACAUUUCACGAAUUGUGACAAGAGUACGAGAUAUCGCUUUUUCAGCUCCCCUAAACCGUUCCUAGAAAUAGAUCCAGGCCCUUUCUUCGGUUUUGAAAGUAUCGCACGUAACGAUUCUGCGAUUACCACCAUUAUGUCGCCUAGAAGAGUGCCCACACAGUUUCGACUGUAGCCAACUCGGUAUGGGUUAAGCACGUCGCCUCCCUCCGGGCCUAACAGAUGAUAUCAAAUCUAAUCCACGAAUUUGGAAUCAUGCCGCAAUCAUUCAUGAUCAGCAGAAUGUAUCCUGUUGUUGGAGGUCUUGUUUUACCACAAAUCGUUCCAAAGUAAAACUUGGAGAGUCAAAGUAUCACUGAAACGUUGCAAACGCGAACAUUAUGGAAUUUGCAUAAACUAACAGCACUAUCAACUCUUUUUUAGUUAUACUCCAGAUUUUUCGGAGGAGAAAGAACAAUGGCCAAUUCUAACAGCAACGCAAACGUAAGUACCAUGUGUAUGCAUUUAAAGCUCUCUAACCGUCGUGCUGCUAUAGAGCACGAUGAUUAUUAGUUUAACGCUGACCAUGAUUCUAAGCAUCUUCCACCCUUACCCAAUAUCGAUACUUCAGAGCCAUUUCAAUAAAAAGUUUGUUUUGCAUUCCAAGAAAGGUAAUAUUUUAAGAUUCAUGCAUAACGUUCAUGAACGUUUAAACACUGUGAAUGUAGUUUCGUGAAAUCUCACCGUUUACAAUGAAACAUACUAGCCGCAUGCAAUUUAUGCAGCCGGGUGUGUAAAUGUUUUUGUACAAGGUCCAAAAUUUCGGAGGAUUUUGUUUAAGCUCAAAAGUUUUAUUCACCAUUACUUUUGCUCGAUUUCGUCUUCUCUUACAUUGUGAUGACGUGGCUUUUCGAAAAAACUGUUUAAUCUCUCAUGUCGAGAAAUUCAAAACCUAUCAUCGGCUGUUGAGGACAAAAUGAAAGUAAGACCUAACUAAAGAACUCCAAGAUCCUUCUCCCAUUCGGAUAUUGAUUAUGUACUGGGUCAAAGAGGAUAUGACAGAGUUACUCCUUUAACCUUAAGUGGCUAUCAGCAAUUUAAAGAAGGGUAUGUCAUACAGCUGUCAGCACUAAAUGCAGUAACGAUCAGUGUGUAUCGAGAACACCAUACUAAUGACAGCGAUAAGUUGCAGUUGAAGGUAAAAUAAAUUUUCCAAUGAAUUUCACAUAUUUCAAGAAAACUCUGUCUUCUAUUCCCCUCGUUGCUGUGCAUUGAUGAACAGUGCAUCUGUUUGUUUCAGGGGCAGGACAGGUUUAUGAGCACAAAUUGGUAAGUUGAACAACUCUUCGCGUUCAAUUUACACAUUCCAGAAGAAAAACUAUAUCAACUUAUAAUCCCCUUUAUGUUCCCCUUGCAAGAAAUCAAUUAUAUUUGCAUCUUAAACUGUACCUUUUGAAUUUUUUCCAGAUCUAGUAUUUAUAAUCAUGAUAGCCAUGGUUGUAUACACAAUGUAUAUGUAUUUAUAAUCUUAUACAUGAAAAAAAUGAGUACAUAAGUGCAGUCUAGUGCACCCCAGUUUGUCCUCCAAACAACACAUGUUUACCUAGCUUGCAAAAAUGAUCCAUCUCUUACCACUAACACAUGACAUAAAAAUGUCUAUGUUCUUCCACUAUCUAUCAUGAAAAUAUUUAUAUUGAUUUUCAUACAUGCAUGCAUGGAAUAUCACACUUGGGACAAGACAGUCUAUUUUAACCAAGUUAACUGUAAACAAACUAAGGCAUGAACUUACCUCUGUCCUGCUUAAUUCCUUUUCAGGGAUGAUCAGAUGACCACAUUUUCUCAAUUUCUGAUAUUGGACCUGGAGGUACGAAGAGUCUUUUAAAAAUGUAACUUCCCUAAUAACUGCCAGCUUAUAUAUGUAAUUUAAGUCCUCAUCUGACUAAAUUAUGAAUCUUUCCCCUCCUUAGCCAAACUUUUCUACAUGUACUUGCCCUCACUACAAAUAGGAAUCAUAAUUUCUCCAUCAGCUUCAUGAACCAGGACACAUGUGUACUAUGCAUAAAUUAUUGUCAACAAGAUACAUAAUUCACUCCACUUGGGAAGGGAUACAAGAAAAUCAGUCUUCAUACCAGGGGGGGAAGCACGUUAGAGUAAUAAAACUGAUGACAUAAGGGCCCUAUAAUAAGAUAUUACAUAAGUAUGCAAGUUAGAUAUCAAGAUAAAAAUUUAAUAAAGAUAAUACCUGUUAGUUAUGCAUGAGUGAAGAUUGUACUUUUUGAUAAUAUCUACAUAAUAUAUUACAAGAGUUCAAGUUAAAAAGUAUAUUGGCUAUAAUGAAGUAAAUUAUCUCAUGAUUUGAUUUUCCUUUUCUUUUAUCAAAUGAACCUUUAACCCCCUUUAACUCCCAAGAUCAGAUUACUAAUUCUCCUCUCCAGCUGCUACACAUUUCUGUGUAAAUUUUGUUAUGAGAUUUUGGUGUUUGAUCAAGAUAGCUUCUUCUAACUGUUAUUGAUUUCUGGGAACUAAAGGGUUAAGUGUUCCUUUCUAGCUGCAGCAGAUAACAUGUCUUCUUAAUUCAAAGCUGAAUUACAUUUUAUUUUACAGGUGGCUGAUGAUACACCUACCUCGCUAACAAGGUACAGUGUAAUUUGUGAUUGUUAGCAAUCAUACAGAAUUCUUGACAAAAUUCUUUGCUCAAUUCAUGUCAUGCAAUCACAGGAGCCGCAGAUAGUCAAGUAUUAGAGGAAAGGACCAAAUUCAUUACUAUGUUGUUAUUCCUAAUUCAUUAAUUUAUUAACAGCAGAGUUUUGGCACAAGUCACCUUUGAAAGCCAACAAAUACGUUCCUGGCUUUUGGAUUCAUCAAUUACAAUGGUAAGUAAAAAAAAAGAAACUUAG